AUGAUAUUGGAUACGGUCUUGCGAAUGGAAGCCUCGAUUGAAGAACUCAAGGGCAUGGUCGCUGCGGGCUCCUGUUCAAGCACGUUGAAUGCCAUCCAGGCCAAUUCAACCUCCCCUUGUUCGACAGUUACCCCGAUGUCUCAGGAUGUACGCCACCAUCCACAUGGGUACACAGCUAGAGACCCUACUGAAAGUGCCGUGCUUUCAUCAGGACAUCUCUCUUCGGCAGAGUCUCUUUUGAAGUGGUCAGUUUUUCAUGAUCACCGUUCAAUACUGGCGGAGGGGGAAUCUUCCUUUCUGUCGCUCGAAUAUGGACGACCGCCCUUUCAGAGCAAACUCUAUGGGAUAUUCCCUAGCGUGGGCUUGUCAGAAGUAAAAGAUAUGGUAGGUGUAUUCCAACGGACAUAUAACUUUUGGUUCCCUACAAUCAGCUUGGACGAUCUAAAGUCCUUGCAAUUGAGGAUAUGGCAAGAGAAUCUGGAGCCUAGUUGUCAAUCUUGUCUGGCAUUAUUGGUCAUGGCGUUGGGUUGCGUCGGGGCUUCCGUUACAGACGAAGAAGACAGUUCGGAAAGCAAGUCUCAACAGCUGAAGCUGCAAGGAGCAUCAUGGUUCACUGCCGCAAUGAAGAUGCUUCACUUGGCCCACAUCGAGAUGAAUGUGGAAGCGUGCCAAUGCCUCUUGCUGACUGGUCUCUACUUCUCCUUUUUGCAAAGACCGCUGCAAACAUGGUCUUAUGUGAACAGCGCGGCGACUCGUUGUCGUUUCCUACUCUCUUGCCCUUUUAACAAUCCUGAGCGUGAUGACCGAGAACAUAUCACCAGAAUAUUCUGGUCAUGCUUUGUAUUAGAAAGCAACUAUAUCUCAGAAUUGCCGUCACUUCCACAAAACUGCAACGCCGAAAUCGAAUCAAUAUUUUCUCUUCCGGGCAAAUUCCACUCGCAUGAAGCUAUUGAAGAAGAAGAAAAGUCAACCUUCUACUUCCUCGCAUCGAUAGCACUCCGUCGGCUCCUCAACCGCGCUCACUACAUGCUCUAUGACCGCGACAUCGGCCUUCAAAUUGAUUCCAAUAGUUUUCCUUCUGUGAACCAAGAACUGGCACGCCAACUUCAAGACUGGUAUCAAACACUACCUCCAAGUCUGCGAUUUCCCGAGGACGGAAAACCCGCAGAUGACCCGCAUAGCGAGUAUUUGAGGCAGUGGUAUCUCAGUUGCCGAAGUGUCAUUUAUCGACCUUAUCUGGAAUGGGCUCUCGCUAAUCCAUUGUGGGAUCUCAACAACAACCUGCGCGUACUCGAUGGUUGUCGGGUUGCUCUCGACACUUGCUUGUUCAAAUUAAGGUACCUCAAGCAGGUACCGUAUACUGUCAUGGUAGACACAUGGCCAUGUUCGCUUUCACUCGAGACAGCGAUGUUGACUCUUAUGGGCGGCUUCUGUCAUCCACAGUUGACAAUGCAACUUCGUCAUAUUGCCUUGUUAGAGCUAGGGCCUCACCUGAAGCAGCUUUUACAGCGAUGGAUGACGAUUCAUGGAUCCUCCGUUUCUCCUGGUGUUGAGAAGGCAUUGAGUUUGAUUAUGAAAGCUCACGAGUUCUUCGAAAGCAAAAGUGCAGAUUUUGCUCCUUCCCAGGAGGGAGAGCAACGUCUCUCCCCUGAGUCUCUUCGAAUGUCUGUCGGAUAG